AAUGGUGUGUAUCUAGCGAUAGACCGACCACUUGCAGUCAAUUGUCAUAUCCAGGCAACUGAUGGGAGAACCGGAAAAGAACAUCGACUGCAGUUUUCUAUCAGCUUUCACACGACGCACUCCAAUUCCGAUCAAUCUCGUAAACAGAAAGUGUUGUAUUGAAUUGUUGAAUUCAAUCGAGGCGAUAUUUUUUAGUAGUUAUUUGAUUGAUGAUUUGCAAGUGAAAUGGAAACAGAUACUGUUUCUGAGUUAGAAUCGACACAGAAGAAAAGUUCCCAAGACCUGAAAAACAUCGAAGAUAAGAUCGUUGCUAGUCAUGACACAUCCAUCCCAGAGGAUGACGAAGAACUUCGUGAAAAAUGGGGCAAGAAAAUCGAGUUCCUGCUGUCGUGCAUAGCCCUAUCGGUUGGAUUCGGAAACGUAUGGCGAUUCCCGUACACGGCACUUCAGAACGGAGGCGGCGCCUUCGUCAUUCCGUAUCUGAUUGUGCUGUUCGUUGUGGGAAGACCCUUGUACUAUCUGGAGAUGGUGGUAGGUCAGUUCUCCAGUCGGGGAUGCGUUAAAGUGUAUGACUUGUGUCCACUGAUGAGGGGCAUCGGAGUGGGACAGACCAUAACGAUGUUCACGAUCGUCGGAUACUACGCAGCGAUACUGUCACUGGCGGUGCGAUACUUCGUAGACUCGUUUCGAAGUCCUCUGCCGUGGAGCGAGUGCCAGCGGGAGUGGACCAAUUGCGUAGAUUCUAGCUUUAUUGGACAGAUCCAUAAGGGAGAGGGCAAUGGGAGCGUCGUCCCGUCAGCGGACUUGUAUUUUACAAAGACGAUAAUGAAUCUUCUGCCAAACAUUGAUGACGGAAUAGGAUUUCCAGAUUGGAAGUUAGUUUUGUGUCUACUGGUUUGUUGGACGGCUGUCACCGGUCUACUAAUCAAAGGGAUCAAGAGCUCUGGAAAGGCUUCGUAUUUCCUUGCGAUUUUCCCAUACGUGAUCUUGUUGAUUUUGCUUAUUCGAGCCUGCACGUUAACUGGGGCAAUGGAAGGUUUGAAGUACUUUGUCACACCCCAGUGGGAGAAGCUUCUGGAACCUUCGGUUUGGUACGCUGCAGUGAGUCAGUGCUUCUUUUCCCUAACUAUUGGACUGGGUGCAGUGAUAGUCUUUGCUUCGUUCAACAGCUUCUCCACCAAUAUCUACCGUGAUGCCAUGAUCAUCUCGGGACUUGACACCAUAACAUCCCUAAUAUCCGGAGUCAUAGUGUUCGGAGUGGUUGGCAACCUAUCGCACAUAACUCAGCGCGAAAUUCCCGAAGUGAUGAAGGCUGGUCCACAGCUGGUGUUCGUUAUAUAUCCGGACGCGAUUGCUAAAAUGGAUUUGGCACCGAACUUAUUCGCUGUGCUGUUCUUCUUCAUGUUCACCAUUUUGGGCUUGGGAACCAACAUUGGAAUUGUGACCACCAUUUUGACCUCGGUCAGGGAUCGCUUUCCUCAGCUACAGAACUGGAAAGCUGUGGUGAUGAUAGCCAUCGCCGGAUUCGCAUACGGAUUGGUGUUUAUAACUCCGGGUGGUCUUACAGUUUUGGACGUGAUUGACUACUACGGAGUGACCUUCCCUACGCUUACGUUGAUCAUCUUUGAGAUGAUCACAUUUUGCUGGAUCUACGGGGUAAAUCGACUGUGUGCGGAUAUCAAAUUCAUGUUGGGCAUUGAAACGGGUUUGUUUUGGAGGAUAUGUUGGGGUUUUCUAACUUUGCUAAUCAUCGUUGCCAUCUUCUUGUUGGAGGUCAGCAGAUAUAAACUAAUGGAUGUUCCUACCGGGAUCAAUGUUUUCGGAUGGUGCCUCUAUUCGUUUAUAGUUCUUCAAACAGUCGGAUGGGCUUGUUAUGCAGUUUUUAAACAACCACAGCGAGGCGCACAAAAGUUUACUGAAACUUUGAAGCCAACUUCAGACUGGGGACCCGAAAGUGUCUCUCUUAGGACCAAUUACACAGAAAUGAUAAAUCACAAGGAAUCUGUAGGGAAAGACAAAAGUAUUUGGAGAAAGCUGUACUUGAGAGUUUUUGAAUAAGAUAGUUUUAUUUUGAACAAGAAAUUAAAUUAAAAAAAAUGAGGAAAAUGUAUCUUUUUAUUAAUUUAAGUCAUACAAGGCAACCAACAAAAACAAUCAAAAUCAUUCGAUUCACACAGCUCUACAUUACAUAUGACAAAUUCGUCAAUAAUAAAGAACAAUUUUGUUCGACUCAAUAUAGCAAUCGCUUCACAGAAGAACAGCUAUGCUCACAAUAAAGGACAAUUUCGUCACCUCUAAAUA